UAUGAAUCCCUAUUUCAAAUGAUGAAAAUAAUAAAAAUGUUCUACUCACUGUUGAUGAUGUAACAACAACAGCAUCAGAUACAACCUCAUAUCAUUUGUUAUCGAAUCUUAAUCAAGAUUAUUAUAUUAAUCAUAAUUUUUUAGAUCAGCCUGAUAUGGUACAAUUAUCGAACAUAAAUUGUCCAAAUGAUAAUAAUGGCAACAAACAAGUUGAUCUGGCAGCAAUUUCCACACAACCUGUAGUCAUCAAUAACACUGAUUUCUAUUAUCACGAUACAAAUUUGAAUUAUUCUCCGAUUUCCGAAAUGAUAUCGACAUCUCCACAAUCUACGGCUUCAAAUUUUUCAACAUCAUCAACUGUUUUGGAUUCUGCAAUUCAAACACCAUUGCCGCAAUCAAAUUAUUAUCCAUUCAAUUAUAUGGUCUCAGACAUUUCAUCGCAAAACCAAUUGAAUGUUACAAACGAUUGGAAUUAUAAUAAUAAUAAUAUUGAUUUGUCUUUUUCAAUCAAAAUGUAAUUCCAGCGCCAAUUUCUUCUGUUUCUAUGUCUGAUGCACAAUCUACAUUGGUCAAUCCAAAAUCGAUGAAUCAACAACAAAUCAAACCAACAGCGGCACCCAAGAUGAAUAAGCCUGUCAAUCCGAAGUCUAAUUCUAACCAAUCGUCCGAUGAUUUAGCAAGAAAACUUGAAAUGAAACGUGAACGAAAUCGUGUAGCCGCAAGAAAAUGUCGCAACAAAAAACUUCAACUUAUUGAAGAAUAUAAAAAAACUAAUGCCAUGUUGCAAAAAGACAUUGAAGAAUCGGAAGCCGUGUUGCGGAAAAUCAAUGCCCGAAAAUUCGAAUUACGAGCUGCAUUAUUAAAUGCAUUAAAUUCAUAUCCAUUGAUAUCUUCAACACCUUCGAUAGUAUUGCAGCAAAAUAAUCAGCAAUCAACUGCAGACCAAUAAUUUCAAUUUCAAUCAUUAAUUAAUAUAAUCGAAUUUGAAUUGUAAUGAAUUCAAAUUACUAAAAUUGACU